GCAGUGGUGCCAACCGUAGCAGCAGUAGUGAAUUUUGCUCGAGAGUUGUCGCUGUGUCCACCUUGGAGAUAGUUCGGCUAAUCAUCAAUAGGUGCUCUCGAUGAGCCUUCCUUGUACAGUUACGGACGGAGAACGGAGACACCGCGAUCGCCUUGAAGAAUGAUACAGCAGGGCUAGGAACCAGCGCUCGGUGGAAAAUGGCAUCUGGCUCGGCCUGCGUGAGGGCUGCAGCGGCCGAUUCCGGCCACUCGGUCGACAGGUUGGUCCGGGUCGGCUACUACGAGCUGGAGAAGACCAUCGGCAAGGGCAACUUCGCCGUGGUGAAACUCGCAACGCAUGUCGUUACCAACACCAAAGUUGCCAUUAAAAUAAUCGACAAAACCAAGCUGGACGAAGAAAAUUUGAAGAAGAUAUUCAGGGAGAUCCAAAUCAUGAGCAAGUUGCGGCACCCACACAUUAUUCGCUUGUACCAAGUGAUGGAGACAGAGAAAAUGAUUUAUCUGGUUACCGAGUACGCCAGCGGGGGAGAGAUUUUCGAUUUUUUGGUAAACCACGGCAAAAUGGCUGAGCCAGAAGCGCGGAGGAUUUUCCACCAAAUCGUAGCCGCCGUUCACUACCUUCACGAAAACCACGUUGUGCAUCGAGACUUGAAAGCGGAAAACUUGCUGCUCGACAAAAAUAAUGACAUCAAAUUAGCUGACUUUGGGUUCAGCAACCACUUCCAUCCUGGUCAGAUGUUGACGACUUGGUGCGGCAGUCCACCUUACGCUGCUCCAGAGUUGUUUGAGGGGAAACAGUACAACGGGCCGAAAGCAGAUAUUUGGAGUUUGGGAGUUGUUUUGUACGUUUUGGUAUGCGGAGCACUUCCUUUUGACGGAGACACUUUGCAAAAUCUCAAGGCAAGGGUGAUCGACGGCAAAGUUCGGAUACCUUAUUUUAUGUCCAGUGACUGCGAACUCCUCAUUCUGAAUAUGCUGUCAGUGGACCCUGAAAGAAGACUGAGCAUCCCUCAAAUACUAGAACAUAAAUGGAUGGUUCAGGGCGGCCCUGAUCCUUGGAGAGAUAGACUUUUACUCACUACAGAAUGGGCUUGGCAGAUGGCUGUUGACGAAUGCCAAAAGCCUCUCAACUCGUUAGUUAUUGAACACAUGCUUCAACUUCCAGGGCUUACGUCCGACCUCAUAAUCCAAAGCGUGAAACAAAAGAACUUUGAUCAUAUUAGUGCCAUAUACCACUUGCUCGUGGACAAGCUAGACAGACAGCAACACCAGCUCUUGAUGCGCCAGCAAACUUCCUUGUCUUCAUUGUCGGCUGCCAUUUCUCCCCAGCCUCAGCCGCAACGGAAAGCCAGUAUUACCACAGGAGUCGUCGAUCGAAGCCCAGCAAGUGAAGACGACAGUUCGGGAGGAUCUCCGUUGGUUUCUAUGCCUCAAAUACCUACUUCUUUGUUACUAAACGACUCGCAACUGUUAGAAAAGUUCACAGACAUCGCCGAGGCUGAUCCAGCAAACAUCGCCAACAUUCAAACUCAAAGUGUCAAUCAUGGCGACAAAUACCUUGCCGUGCGGAGACACACUGUCGGUCCUGGCGACACUGCUCACGAGCAUGUUCUGGAGGCGCAUUUGAAACUAGGAGGAAUGGAAAAUAUCUGCCCACCCACGUUAAGCAUGUUGCCCAACACCAAUCUGCCUCAAAAUCUUCCAUUAGUGCAAAAUCAGUCGCCGCAGAACUUCAGUAUCAAAGAUCAGCACCUACUAAAGCCACCGUCCGUGAUGGGAGCAUUCGGUAACUUUGGUCGUCGUGCGUCUGACGGUGGAGCCAACUUGCAAAUUUUCUUCCAACGACAAGUAGAAGGAGCGUGGAGUCAGCCUGGCAGUCAAGAGCAGUUGCCCCAUCCCUUGCAACCAGGGAGUCCGACCGUUGCGCAAAGGUCUCAGCCGCUGCCAGCCCACAAUGGUGCUCAAGGCGAACCAAGUGAUAUGCAAGGGCCAAUUGGCUCUGGCGACGACUCCCCUGAUUUGUAUGCAGUUGCCCGCUACUUGCAAGUUCGAGGCAAUUCCAAGAGGCAUACUGUGAACAUUCCUUUAGAUGAAGAUUCGCAAGAGUCGCAGCGGAAGAGUAGGGUACGCAGGACAGGGUUGUCGACUGUGGCGGAGCGGCCACCAGAGAUAAGUAGAGAAGUGAUUAUGGAAGUCGAGGCACGCAUGAAAAGACAGUACACUGUGCCCAACACAAUGCUGCCCCCUCAAAUCCCCGCAACCCGAGUUAAGUCGUUCCCCCGGACCAAGUGGAGCGGCCUUGCGACUGUCCAGGAAGCCAACCGCCGAGAGAGCUUCAAAGAGGUCAACACCCUGCACCUUCCCCUUGAGCGCUACAGCCCCGUACGGAGAGCCAGCGAGGGUUGCGCCUCGAGCUUGCAGUACCACCGCGCCACCCCCAGUCCCGGGACCUCCUCGUGCAGUCCCCAGCCCGGCUUGGACGCUAGUGUGAAAGCUUUGCAGCUCGAGUGUCAUCAACUACAAGUAAAGAAAAAUAGCGGCCUUGCCGACUCGCAGAGCCUAGCCGAGCUGCAACUGCUCCACUCGAGACACAUUGCCCAAAUGGCUUUGAGUUCGCCCCCUUUGCUGUCGCCGUCCUCGCCGUCCCCUGGUGCCUCAGUCCCUACCUCGCCUUCUCACCAUGCUUACAACCAGUCUUCAGACAGUAACGCCUAUAUCACCCAGACUCUGCAGCGCCUUCAGCUGCAACAGCAACAACAGCCAAGGGGAGCAUCACCAGGCAUUCCCGAAGACCCGAGUGUCACGAUCCUGUCACCGCGAGUGGUCGCGCUUUGUUCAAGCCCACAACACCAUCGAAGUUCGCCACCACCGCCUGGGCUGAGCUGCAUCAACGAAGACGCCAUGGAGCACUCACCUUCGCUGUUUCUGGGCUCUCGGCCGGAAAACAAGGUGCUGUGCAACCCGCAGAUUUCAAUCACGGACGAGUUGGGCGAGACGAUCGCCGGCAGCGAGCAGAGCACGCCCGAGGCGGUUGGCUUCUGCGAGUUCGCCAGCAUUUUACCAUCGGUGCUAGGCUCUUGUGACCCGCUACGUCCGUCAAUCACGCGCGGCAUUGGCAAGGUGCAGCCCGCGGUGGUGGUGAGCAACAGCGACAGCUCCAACAACAACAACUGCAAGCAGCGGCAUCGGCAGGAGGUGUUCGCCAAGGCUGAGCGGCACAGCUUCCCGCCGCCAAACUCGCCGGCCGGUCUGCGCCACACAGACAGCGACGACCUUCAUCCCAUGGUGGAGCUGCAGAAGACCUCCUCUGGUUCGUUCGAGGUGACCCUGUCAGAGGCGUGGUCUCAGACGUGCGUCAACGACAUCCUGCAGGGCAUCCGCGAGCAACUGGUGGCCAGGGGUUCCGUGGUGGGCGAGACACCUGACCGCUGCGGCCUGGCGCUGCAGGGGCCGGGCGGCGUGCAGGUCGAGCUCACCGUGUCUGCCGGCGCCGAGAGCAGGGGACUGCGCGUCAGGCGCAUUUCUGGUGACCAACUGGAGUACAACCAGCUGUGCCACGAACUGUUUGCCUGCAUCAGGGUUUGAACCGUGGCCGCAGAGGAUUUUUCGUGUAAAUUUGGCUGUUUUUCGAGAGCAUUCCAACCAAGCGCUGCGCUUUUUGUAUGAUACCAACCAUUCUCUAGUUUUGCUGGGAAAAAUUCAGUGCUGCUGCCGCCGAUGUGAUUUGAUGUUUUACUUUCAAUGUUUGUGCAAUUUGUGAAUGGUGAUACACUAGUGAUCCUUAUUCAUUCCAGAUGGCUGGACAAUCCAGCCUGUAUUGUGUUGCCUAGAUUCAUUAAUUCAGAGUUUGCGUUGUUCGUGCAUUGUUUCCGUUAUCAGUGCAUUUAUCAAGGGGCAUUUUGCAAUUUGUAGGUGCCAAUCUUUGAAUCUUUUGACGAGAUUCGCAUAACAACAAAAGAAUUGAUUGAGCAUCUAAUUCCACAUUUUUUUCAUGUUAAGAUUAUCUUUGAGGCCUCAUUUGCCGGUAAAUGAGUUUUUUAAGAGCUCUAGUCAACUACUAAGUAGGCUUGCAAAUACUUCUAAAUUCUUGACUUCUUCCAAAAUCAUUUUGGAGUUUUAACAACCCUUUUUUAUAUCACUUAUCAAUUAACCUCUGCCACACACACACACACACACACACACACACAUUCCUCUAUCAAUUCUCAACGAUAGUGAUUGGUUUUGUUUUUGUUAAUAUUUUCCUCUUGUUUGUUCAACUCUAAUCAAAAAAUAUUUUUAUACUUUAUUGUUUAUGCUUCAGUGCAGGGGACGUUUUACAAGGCAGUUGAGUGUCAGAGAGAUGUGAAUGAAAUGUACGCUAGCUACAUUUUGUAAACUUUUAUGCACAAUUCCAAAUAUAUUUUUAACUUAAACACUGCA